AGAAUGAUACAGAUACAGCAGCAGAGGUUGGAGCAGCUACAGCAGGAGCAACGAAAGCGGCAGCAGCAGCAGCAACAACAACAACAGGAGCAGGAGCGGUACUCACCGCAUUUGAGACAUCAGCAGGCGGCAAGCCAGGGGCGACAAGAGGGUCAGCAGUCGGUUGCGUCGUACCCUCAUCAAGUAGGCGACAAGCAACAGCAACAGCAUCAACAGCAGCGUAUGUCGUCGACGUCGGGUCGGCCGCCAACCGCAGGGCCAGGAGCAGGCGGGGAGUACUACCCGACACCUUCGACAACCAACAACAGUGCAGCGGUAUCACCCUCGACGAGGACUCCGCCGCAUAGUUCUUAUUCUGCAAAUGCGAACGUGAAUGGGAGUAGUCCACGAACGGCGCCUUCGUCGUUGAAAACGAUCUUACAGAUACAGGCACAGGCGCAGGGGCCACAAUCGCAACAGCAGAUCCCAUCGGGUUCUAGUCCGGGCAUGGCACCGGGAUUGGGAUAUAGUACCGGCUCGCCCGGGAACGGAGGUGGUGGGGCGGGCUAUCGGCUAGGUCCAGGUGGACCAGGCGGACCAAGUGGGUUUGAACCGGGAUAUCACCAUCAUCAACAGCGGGGAUCUUAUUCUGCACAAGGUCCUCCUCCGCCGUCGGGACCAAGUUCCGGCAAUGGACACUCACCACAGCUACAGCAGCAGGGUGGCGGUCCUGGGGGUUCGAAUUAUAGGCAUUCAUCGUGGUCACAUUCUCAACCACCAGCGCAGCAGCAGGUGCCCCCGACAUCGGCAUCAUCGUCGGGUAAGCAUUACCAGCAGCAGCAGGAAAUGGAGAUGCAGAGGAUGGAGCAGCAGCAGCGGUGGGAGAUGGGUCAGGCACAGGCACAGGCACAGGCACAGGCGCAGGCACGGCAGCAGCAGCGGAUGGAAAGGGAGCAGCAGCCGCGGUAUGAGACUUAUGGGCAUGGGCAUUAUCCGCCACAGUAUCACCACCAGCAACAGCAGCAACAUUAUGAGGCGGGGAUGCAUGAGCGUGAGCGAGGGAGUGGUGGGAGGCCACCAGCAGUGGGAGGGAUGGUGACGAGACCGCCGCACAUGCAGCACCGUCAUCACCCAUCGAACUGAAGGGAAAAACGUUUUGGGUGGAUCUAGUUCAUUAUUGUUAGUAAUUUUGUAUUUGUAGACAUAUUUUGGUUGCUUCUUUUUUUUUGUUAGAGAGUUGUUCAGUUGAUACCAUUGUUAUCGUCUUUUCAUUGUUAUUUUUUUUUUGUUUUGGCUUUGCAAGAAAAAAA